CGUCGUCACAUCGCGACUUCCGGAUUCUCGUUGACUGCAGUAGAAGAGAAACUGCGCGCUGAUUUUGAGCCUCAACUACAAAUUUACACUGAGGUCAAGCAGUCUGUAUAACCAAAAUGGAUACACAGUUUCUGAAAACACCACCGAAGCACACAUGAGUUUCUCAUCAACUACAGUUUAACGUUAGCUUCACAGAAUGGACCUACCGUGUGUCGAGUGGCAAAAGCAUGUUGAACAGAAGUGGAGCCGACUCACUCUUGAUGAAAAGAAAUGCUUCUCGUCCCUGUUGGACAUAGAUGAGGUCUUUGAUUUUGGCCUGUCUCAAAUAAUCCAAGAGGACGUUGACUUUCUGUCGGGCAUUUCUAAGGACUACCCUGUCCAGAAGGACCUUGAGCGAGCUGCCAGAUGCCGGAAGGAGGGCAACAGCAGCUUUACAUCCAGAGACUACACUGCUGCCGUUCUGCACUACUCACAGGGUGUGUGUCAUGCGUCUCUGAGCUCGGAGCAGCUCUCUAUGUGCUAUGCCAACCGUUCUGCAGCACUAUUCCACCUACAGCGCUACAGGGAGUGCCUUGAGGACAUCGACAGAGCCCUAAACCAUGGCUACCCAAGUCACCUACGGCACAAACUGCAGGACAGACACGCACAGUGCCUCAACCACCUCCCCAACGGGGUAGAGGGGCCUAACACCGCCGAACAGGGCGCAGGGAACCAGGCAGAGGGUGUGUGUAGCAGGACCAACUCAACAAAGCCGAAUCCAAAGUCCCCAAACUCCCAGCAGCAGCAGCAGAAUGGGAGUGCUCCUGUGUCGCGUCUCUCCCCUGGUGUGUCUGUGUGCUUCAGCCCUGGGAAAGGGCGACACCUGUUGGCCACCGAGGGAAUCGCGGCCGGAGAGGUGAUAGUGGAGGACAGGGCUUACAGCUGUGUGCUUAUACCAGGGAUGGGGGGAGGGAAAGGGAGGGAGAGAAGAGGAGAGACGGAGAAAGCAGGGGGAGUGUUUGGGACGGAGGAGAGGCACUGUCAUCUGUGUUUGGCGGAGACGGUGAGCCCCGUGCCAUGUGAGGGGUGCAGCUACGCUCGCUACUGCUCAGAGGGGUGUCGGAGGGGCGCGUGGGAGUGGCAUCAUCGCUGGGAGUGUCCAAUCGGAGCCGAGCUGAGGGCUGCAGGGGUGAUGUCACAGCUGGCGCUGAGGGUGGCAUUAAAGGCGGGGGUUAAGGAGGUACUGAAGGCACGGGAACCAAUCAGAGACGCGGAUAAUGAUUCUAAACCAAUCAGAGAGAAGAUUAGCUCCGAGAAUACCAGUUCUAAGCCAGUCACAGAAAAGAUCAGCCCAAAGAAGAAGAAUUCUGGGUCCAGUGACGCCACCUCUACUGAGCCUGAGGUCAACGACCCCUCUGUCUAUUACCAUGGUGAUUCCUACCGGAGCAUCUACCACCUGCUGCCUCACCUGAAUGGCCACGCCCCCAGCCUGCGCUACCUGUGCUCUGUCACCAUAGCAACACUCUACCUGCGGCUGCACCAGGCGGGACCUCCACCUGUGUCCUGGGAGAGGGAAGGAGCCUGUGAAAGCAGGAAGUGCAGCAACCAAUCGCAGGCCCCCGAGGAGGAAGAGGGAGACCGCUGGGCUCCGGAGCUAAGCCUGCUGGGAAGUGUAGCUCUGAGACACAUGCUACAGCUGAGAUGUAAUGCCCAGGCAGUGAGCCUGCUCAGAGACACAGGUGACCUUACUGCGGUGCAGUCCACCCAGGAAGUGCGCAUUGCCACAGCAAUAUUCCCCACACUGAGUGUCCUAAACCACUCCUGCUGCCCCAACACCAGCCUCAACUUCAGGACCUCUCAUACACACACCUCUCACCUGGUGUCACCUGAACUGGGCUCGCCUCAACCAGACCUAGGCUCUACUGAUGAACUGGUUUCUACUGGUCCUGGGGCUCGUUCUGCUCCGGUCUCUGUCUGUAUCAGAGCAUCCAGAGACAUCUCUCCUGGACAGGAGAUCCUCCACUGUUAUGGUCCCCACAGCAGCAGGAUGGUGUUGUGUGAGCGUCGGCGCCGCUUAAAGGAGCAGUACCACUUCCUGUGUAUCUGUCAGGCCUGCAGUCUGGAGCAGGCGGAGGGGCCAGGGGGAGGGGCAGGGCCAGACACACAUCUACAGUGUGGGAAGUGCAAGGGACCUCUAAAGCAGUGCAGCGUGGACGGCGCUGGGUGGUGCGUGUGUCUGCGGUCGUCUUGCGGUCAUCGUGUGUCACGCUCAGAACUGGACCUCAGACUGCAGGAGGUCAGAGUUCAGCUGGAGCAGGCGGUGGACCUCCUGGAGACAGACAGACCAGACCAGUCUGUCAGGUUGUUACAGAGAGCAGUGUCUCAGGCUGAUGUCUUCCUGAGAGAGACUCAUUCUCUACAGGGACAACUGGCUGAUGCCAUGGCCAGAGCAUAUUGCACUAUGGGUGAGUGGCGAGGUGCAGCGUCCCAGUUGGAGCGUAGUGUUGUAGCCAUCAGCUCCCAGUAUGGAGAGGACAGUAUUGAACUGGGAAGACAGCUCUUCAAACUGGCACAGCUACACUUCAAUGGGGGUUUCCCAGGGCCAGCUCUCUCUGUGAUGUCCAGGGCCAGAAGACUCCUGUCCCUCCACUGUGGACCCCACUGUCCUGAGGUACAGGAACUACAGGCCAUGGAGGACUGUCUACAGGGGGCGAUGUAACACGCAGAGAGACUGGCAGGGAGCGGAAGCAGGGAGAGCUAUGUGUGAGAGAGAAACGAGAGAUUGUAGCAAGAGUUGUAGUACUUGAGUCCGGUCUCGAGACCACAUUUUCAGUGUCUCGGUCUUUUCUCGGACAGUGAGGACUCUUAAUUUCUUCUUGAGACCAGCCUAGACCAGCGGAGUAAAAAAACACUCAUCAUUAUCAGCUGCCAUUCAAUAAGUGCAUAAAACCGCUUCGCCAGGCCAAAUAUAUAUAUAUAUACAUACACACUCCUUUCUUGAAACAUGAAUACCUGAACAGUGUUAACAUCUAUUGUAGACGUGUUUGCACUGCGGCGAACCUGUUGGACCUUCAGUGUGUGACAGGUUCAUGAUUCUGAAAGGACAGCAACCAUAAUACCAGUGUAGGAGAGUGCACUUUUUGUAAAACACAAAGGGUCAGUGGUGUAGUGGAGGCUAUAGGCAGGUAUAGGCAAUAUCCUCACUUCUUACUCCCUACUGAUACGUAUCAAAGCAGUGUAGUGGAGAUAUACGACUUAUUAACUAUGUAGUACAAUAGAGAAAUCAUGCACAAAGUAGCCUGCGCAAUCGCAAAGCAAGUGAAAUGUAUUCACAUGCGCGCCGCCACACAUAGCCUAGUUUCAGCGGAAUAUCAUCUGCAAGAGGGAUCUUCCAUGGAGCAGCGCACAGAAGAAUGACAUCAGUUAGCCGGUAGGAAAGGAAAGACGUUUCACCUUUAUGAUAUCUACCAGUAAAUGCUAACUAAGGCAACAGUGGUGGGUAUGCAAACCAGGUAUUGAAAAAAAGUUUGGUCCGAAGUCUUAGUUAUAGUAGGCUAUUUGUGAUGUGCAAUUCAGUCGUAAUGCGCUGUUUGCAUCAGAGGUGUAGGCAUGAGUGGGCCUGGGUGGACACCCAAUGGGGAGCCAGGCCCUGCCAGCCCCACCCAAUCAGAUAGAGAAAAAACCAAAAAAAGAUUACAUUAUUAUUAUUAUUAUUAUUACAAAAAACACAGUUCCACUCACCAGAUGAAGGUAAUUUGAAACAACCCUUUCCUGCGAGUCAAUGAUCAAAAGUGCCCUCUUUGGCCUCAUGGGUUUUGGCUCAUCUUAUUAAUAUUAUUCAUAAUUUCAUAAUUAAUAAAGAUUUUUUUUUUUUAUAAAUGGAAAUCCUGUGUUUCUAUGUCAAACUGUUUUGUUAUAUUUCAGUCUUCUGUGAUGAAUAUAACGUGUAAUAUAUAUAGCCAAUGGCUGGCUUAGCUAGCUAGAUUUAUCUCCCCAGGGACGACCAAAGAAAAAUCCUGAUUGGAUAUUUUUCUCUUCAGUGUUAAACCUUUCCUUUCCAACAAAAACUGAAGAGAUUAAAUCAGAACAAUAUUGAAAAUAAUAAUAGAAUUAGUAGUAUUAUUUUGUAAAUCCUUAGCUCUAUUCUGAAGGCGUAGAAGGCCCUCAUUGUUCCCCACUGUGUAAUAAUAUAAUUAUCAUUCUUAAUAUAUUAU